AUGGGUGAGAGGAUCCUCCGUGCCCGUGUAAAAGGCGAUGUAGAGUGGCUGAAUGUCCUUCUCUUAGUGGUAAUUGAGGAUACGUUCGGGGCUGGUGGUUGUGGUGCUGCUCACUCUCCAGACGCCGGACCUUGUCAAAGAGAAGCCUCAUGGCCGGGUCGGCAUGAGGGAGAGUGUCGGGUGUUGAAGGCCUGA